GAUUCCGCUAUUCUUUGCAAGCAGUUGGGUGGAUCCUCAUCUUGUUCUUGUUCAUUAUUUUCUUCUCCGGCAUUUUCGUGACGUCGCUGAUCGGGCAUCAGGCAGACCUUUGGAAGGACGACGAGGAGGACUACCAAGUGAUCGAAGAUUGCUUCUCGACGCUGGGGAAAAGCAUGUUCACGAUG